CAAAUCAGCCCUAUAGGACCCGAUUCUGAAAGCAAUGUGAAGUGGGAGGCUCAGUACGGGUGCUCUCCCCUAGUAGUCAGAGCUGACCUCACCAGCCAACGAGGGUUCCCCAUAUAAACAGGCCCCUCCACCCCUCCCCAGAGGCGAUCACAUCUCAGCGCCGGGGGAGGGGUUCCCAUCUAAACAGGCCCCUCCACCCCUCCCCAGAGGAGAUCACAUCUCAGCGCCGGGGGAGGGGUUCCCAUCUAAACAGGCCCCUCCACCCCUCCCCAGAGGAGAUCACAGCUCAGUGCCGGGGGAGGGGUUCCCAUCUAAACAGGCCCCUCCACCCCUCCCCAGAGGAGAUCACAGCUCAGCGCCGGGGGAGGGGUUCCCAUACAAACAGGCCCCAUGCCCUACCCCAGCGUGACCACAUCUCAGCGCCGGGGGAGGGACCCCCGUAUAACCAGCCCCCAUGCCCCACCCCAAAGAUGGCUGCAUUCUUGGCCAUCUCUGACCAUGCCUGGUGGCAGAGGUGCAUUGUGGAAGGGAAGGGGAAUUUGUUCACCCCUGCCACGAGCUUGAGGUUUCAGCUCCCACACUCCUUCCCCCACUCUGCCUUCCUACGCAGCCGGGAAAGGAGCCUCUGUUCUCCCCACAACUCCAGCCCCCCAAAGACCCUGGGGCCAUGCAACAUGUCCCCUUCCUCCUCCUCCUCCUCUUCCGACACGGCCUGUGUGAUGCAGUCUGUGGGGAUGCGGAAGGUAUCCAAGGGGGUGAGGUCGUGUACCCCAAGAUCCGAACCAAUGGCAGCGUCCUGGAGUAUCGCUGCCCCCCAAACAGCUACGCCCAUCCCGUGAGCUGGAGGGUCUGUCAGUCCAGCGGGAAGUGGUCACCUCUGAGGAAUGCCUUCGAGUCAGCCCAACGGCCCUCCUGCAUCAACUACACCUGCACUGGCUACAUCACCUUCGAGAACGGGUGGCACGAGCCCCGGCAGAGCAAGUACAGCGUCGGGGACACGAUCACCUUCCACUGCCAGUCCGGGCACCAGCUCUUCGGCGCCGCCCGCCGCACCUGCCUGGCCAACGGCGAGUGGAGCGGCCGCACGGCCGUGUGCGACCCCGAGGACUCUCUGUGCCCCUGGCCAGGCAUCCCCCUCGGGGGGCAUCGCCAGGGCCGCGUCUUCACGCCAGGCAAAGCCGUGACGUUCACCUGCCUCCGAGGCCUGGUGCUGCGAGGCUCUGCCCGCCGCGUGUGCCAGAACUCAGGCCAGUGGUCGGGGGAGGAGCCGCGCUGUGAGGGCCGCUACGCCUACGACAACGUGACCUCUGUGGCCGAGCACCUGGACGUGUCGGAAGAAAUCACCUCGCACGCACGGACAGGCACCAACAUAUACUUUGUCCUGCACGCGUCGGGCAGCAUCGGGGCCGAGAAUCUGAAAACAAGUUGGGAAUUCAUCAUCGCCGUCAUGAAACAGGCCACCCUGGUCUCUGACAAAGUCUGGUUCGCGGUGGUGGGAUUCGGCAGCUCAGCCCAGCUGGUGUCGGCUCUGACCAAGAAGGGCACAGAUGUGGAGGAGGCCUGGGAGCAGUUCCAGAAAACAAACAGCUUCACCCAGCGAGGCGCCAACAUGGGGGCCGCGUUGAGGCAGGUUCUGUCCCUGAUCCAGACGGAGCCGCCGAGAACCAGCGCCAGGAAACACAUCGUGGUUCUGAUCACGAGUGAGAGACACAAUGUGGGGCUGGACCCAGCCGGGGUCUCAGCACAGAUCCAGGCAGCCGUCCCCGACCCGGACCAGAACCUGGAUAUCUUCGCGCUGGGGGUCGGUGGUGCCCACAAGGAGCAGAUGGAGCGAAUCGCCACGAAGAAGCCGGGGACCCAAAGAUCCUUCUACCUGCAGAGCUACCGUGAGCUGGGGGCCCUCGCCCAGCUGCUGCGGGGCUCGGACGAAGGGCUCGGCUGUGGGGUGCGGGGCGUGGGGCGCAGCCCGGCCAUCGGGCGGGUUUUCCGUGGGGAGCAGGCGGAGGAGAAGCAGUGGCCCUGGCAGGUGUAUCUGAGGUUGAAAGACAAGCAUCAUUCCUACAGCGCGGGGGGCUCCAUCGGAGCCCCCUCCUGGGUCCUGACCGCGGCUCACAACGUCUGGGACGCCGAGGCCGGGCGAGCCAUGAACCCGGACCAAGUCACUGCGGCCGUCGGGCUGACCACCAUCCCCCAGCAGCCCCCAGGCCUCCGCGUGGGGCGAAUCAUCGUCCACGAGGGCUACAAAGGACUUUUGAAUUUUGACUUCGACAUCGCACUGCUCAACCUCACCCAGCCUCUGGCCUUCACCCCCAAAAUCCGGCCCGUCUGUCUCCCCUGCAGCGCGGAGAUGAGCCGCAUCCUGGACCUGCCGGCGGCCGGCUGGGAGGAGACGUGCGCGUACCAAGGCCGGAUCCUGACGGGGCACGGCGGGGAUGAGGAGGAGAGAGAAAUCCGGGGCAUCAUCACCGGCUGGGGGAAGACCGGGAGGCGGGCGCCCAGGAAGCAGCUGCAGCAGGCCGAGGUGGUGAUACAGAGCCGCCCACACUGCCAGGAGAAGCUGAAAAAUUUCACCUCCAACAUGUUUUGUGCCAUCGGAGAGAAGGGUCAAGACGCCUGCCAGGGUGACUCCGGGGGACCCUUCGUAGUGAGGCAAAACCAGCGCUGGAUACAGGUUGGCAUCGUGAGCCAUGGUUCCACUGAGAAGUGCGAUGGCACCAGCCUAGGAGGCUACACGAGCGUCCCGCAGCUCAUGGGCUGGAUCAGGACCAAGGUCCCGGAGCUGGGAUUCGAGUGACUCUCCCCCGCAGGCCAGGCCAGGCCCGGGCCCCCCCCCCGGCCACGCUAGAACCCAGGCGUCCGAGCCCGGGACACCCGGGCCCCCGGCGCCUCACGGGCUUUGUGCCUGGAAACAAUAAAGCUCGUGGAUCUUUGAAACCAACUGGUGUCUCCA